CCCUUUCUUCGUUAUUCUACCCUCGCACACUUGUGAACACGCCACAACACCAACCUGAACUUUAACUUUUGUUGAUGUCGCAUAAGCUCAUGGAACUAUGGAAAUGGCCCCACACAGUCGGGGCUUCGAGUUCGACCUGGAACGUAGUCAUGCAAUGAACCAUUUGGGUACUGGAUAUCAACCUCGAAUCAAUGUCGAUCCUCUCUCUCGUAUGAGGGAAAGGGUAGAAGCCUUGCUGGACGAUCAAGAUGAACUUGCGGAGGAUAGAGAAACCUUACUCAUUGCACGUCAGAGCCAUUAUGCCAAAGCCCUGGAGGUCCGUAAGCAGCGUAUACAGACGGGAGACGCCGAAGCAGGCCUUAUGACAGCCUUGCAAGACGCCUUCCCUCACGGCAUCCCACCCGGGAUAUCCAAUGCUUAUCAAAGACUUCGAGAGGAGAGAGACAAACUUGGCCCUCUUGAAGAUGACUAUCUACAAGAAGGCGAAGCUCUUGGAGGGCAGGAAUGGCGGUACGUGGCCAAAGAAAAGAGGUUCUUCUCGAUAGGAGUCAUGGAUUUGCUUGAGGAUGAUGACGAUGAUGACGAUGAUGGCGGUCAUGACCGCCGGGAUAUUCAACCAGUUCCAAAUCCCUUGCCUCGAAAACCGACAAGUAUCAUGCCAUCCAUCGCUGUUCAGUAUCAAGCUGCAGUUGCCAACCUCCGCUACUUGGUCAAGCAAUUCGACACGUUUCGGCAAGAAACAUGCCACUUCUCCGAUGUCAUGUCUUCCAAUGCCACCGACAUAGAGCCGGAACCUCUCAAUCAAGUCAGUGUCUCUUCGAUGAACCCGAAGCUGCAAAAGUUGUCUAGCAGCCUUCUAGACCGCAUCGCAGACGCCCAGGUUAAGGUUCAACAACUACGACAGGAACUCAGGAAUCAUGAUGAUGGCGAUCUCAAUCGGCGGCUGCGUCGAAAUUCUGAACCGACAGUUAUCGCCCCGAGAACUGUGUCUUUCAACGCCUCUUUUAAAGCACCCACAGAAGGCUCAAGUCAUCCGGUUGCAGAGUUCCCUCCUGUCGAACAACGAGUGCAAGAGUGGCUACUAGACAUCCUUCGCGACAGUGCGCUCGAAAAGGCCUACUAUCUAAAUAUCCUGGAAGACAGUAUGCGAGACGUUGGCCUUGUGUAUAACAGUCACGAUUCAUGGGAAGACCGAGCCGUCGAAUUCUGGCAGUCCGACUCCGACAAUCCAUCGCCCGCGGACCAGAGGGCCCAGCAUUCUGUGCUGUUAGGAUCUGUCGAGCCCAGGGUUGCUGAACCUGUUGAUCCAAGGCUAACAAUCGACAGUCGAACCGCAUCACGGAACCAGGACUUGUACGAAGACAUCGACGACAUGUCACCUUUUCGGACAGAUGAACCGGCGCCAGCUGACAAGGAAGCCCCGAUGCCCGUUGUGUAUGUACCGGACGUACCAAGUGACUCCCCAGAACCAGGUAAUAUGCCCCGCAUUGAAUUCUAUACCCCAGUUGACGCGGAUUCCCACCCGCAAAGUAUUCCGGAAUCCUCUGAACCUUCUGGCAUUUAUCUCCAACCAUCACCUUCUCGGGUACGUAUUGAUAGCGGCCAUAACUCGGAAGGCUCACUGCAAUGGUGUUCACCUCGGAAUGAUAACCUAGGCUCCGGAAAACCCCCGGAUCCCACCGUGGAUGACGAUGUGGCCUCUCUUAAAGCCCUGGAACAGACGGACACAGCGACUGCCAAACCCUCAGCCCCGAGCCGGAGCAAUUUGGAAGGCGAUAUCCCAGUACAAUACAAUCAUCCCGAUCUUGAAUCACGUGGACAGCAUUAUUUGCCUCAUACUUCGAAUAAAUCUCUUCUGAAGGCUCAUGGACGGUCCCGUGCACUCUCUGCGGGACCAAAAGACUCCUCGCUCCCAAAAGAUCUGGCCCCUCCAGUGACUCACAAACGUCACAAAAGUACCUCUGAUCUUCGAGAGUCAUCGGAGCAACAAAUAAAUUUGUUAAUGAGUAGUCCAACAUAUCAGAACCCGGACCGUUAUCCGUUUGUUUUCUCAAACCUUUACAGCUUCUCUCCCAAGAUACCUUCUUUCAGAUGCAAUGGCUGACCUCCGGUGUGCCCUUCAACAAUAAAUUGCAGCAUCUACGGAACUAA